AUGAAGCCCCAUCGAGCCCACAGAUUCCUGCGGAAGGUUUUGGAAUUCUUCCAUUUAUCUCCUCCCACAAAGCGGGCAUCGAGAUCUCGCAACAACGCCAAAUUGUGGUGUGCUGCAACCGCCGCCGCCCCUUUCUACAGCGCAGCUGCCCAAGACUUUGACGACGUCAGAAAGGAUGGCCAAAGCAAUGAUAUCGCCCAGUACAGUCUCGGUGCAAAUCUUGAAAAGCCGAUCUCAACCCGCGAACAGCUAGAGUUGCGCAUUGUGAAACUCUGGAAGACGGUCUGGCUGGGUCUGUAUCAGAUCAACGACAACGAGGAAAGAUACCACGUUGAGCGUCUUGAGGCCCUCUAUCUUGGAGCCGGGAUGACCCGCACAUACCGACUGGGCGAACUCCGCGUCCUCCGGCGUCGUUUCAUGCGAACCGAGACGAACAAUGGCAUUGCCGCUAUGAAACUCUUCCCCGACCUGUCUCUUUCGACUCUCCUAGCAGUGGUGCACAUCCUGGAGGCCUAUGAAAGCGAGAUUCCAAACUUGAAGCUACUCUAUUCUAUCCUGCAGAAUGGUCAGCUUGGUUUGUAUGAAAACGAGGAUGCUCAGGAGCGCACCGCGGUUGUUCGGUCAGAUUAUGACGUGAUUGCGGAGCCCAUGGAGAAGAGAAUUCACCAGUAUGACAUUCGCAUGGAUGUGCUCAACAUGGAAAUUUGUGAUGAGGCAAUGGGCUUCCAUGAUGGACUGAAGGGACAGCACGUCUAUACCAAAGUGUUCCCUAACCGAUGGUGA